AUGAGACAAUCAACACCUCCAAAGGGAUUUGAUGUCGUGGAAGUAAAGUCAUCGGGUUGGGACAUCAACGAUAGCAGUAUCAGAUUUUGGCAAAUUGAUGCUCGCAGAUCACUUGAUCAAGCGUCCCAAGGUACGUGGCGUCGAGACGUACCUAGAGAAAUGUAUCAAGAUAUUCUCGAUAGAGCUGCACGUGUUGGAUGA